AAUGCGUCAUUCUAAUGGGCAUAAGUUCUGUUUACAUGUAGGAGACAUUGUCACGAGUUGGCGGGUGGAAUAUUAAUCACUUCAUUACGAAAUCGACGAAAAACCUGGUACAUUCUAAUCUAAAUAUGACUCUGAGAUGACCACUAGAGUAUUUGGAAAUGGCAAGGUUCUACACUGUGAUUAAUUUCUCUGUAUUGUUGACUUAUUUCGCUGGUAAGUAAAUGUUUUCAUUUCUUUCACGUGACAUAAUUGGAGCGAGGCGUUCAGAGGCUAUCAGUUGGUGCUUUUAUGCUGUAGCUUUACUUCUUAUUUCAGUCAUGCUCGAAGUCUAGAGCUUUCUUAUCUUACCUAGAAAUUGUUCCCACGUACGCCUCAGCUAAAUGAAAGCUCACUGUAACCAGUUCAAGUAACUUCCUGCACAAGUGAUUUCACAAUGUAAAAACUCACGGCAACUAAUAAAUGUUAACUGUUUUACUCUACCACGAAUCUGGUUAGGUUACCCUCUUGAUUAAGAGGUUAAAAAUAUAUGUGAACGUAAUUGAAAUUACUUAAACUUGCUUUGAAACAUCAUUAAAGCUCUCCAAUGUUUUGCUCGUAAUUUUUUAAUAUUAAUAAUAAUUAAUAUAGAGUUUCUGUGUUCCUAGCUUCAUCCUAACUUAACUACUAGUUUCCUUACAGGCAGAAAACCCUAAGGGUUUGAGGCUUUGUGAAAUCAGUCAUUUAAUAUAGUUGUUGAUCUCUAACAUGUAAAGUAAUCUGGAACAGUUGAUCCAUAAAUAGCUUUAGUUAUAGUGCCGUCACAUUGUGGAAUAGCCUUCCUUGCGAGGCUAGGUGUGUGGAAUCCCUCAGGUUCUACAAAUGAGAAAUCAACAAAGUUCUUUAAGGCACAGCAUUCAUGGAAAGCAGUAAUAUAGUGUAAUUAAUAAUGUCAUUAAUAUCAAUCAAUAGUUAAUGGUUUUUAAUUAAUCCUAUGUAAACAGCUGAUGAAUUGCCCAUGAUUGAUUAAAAUUUAAAUGAAAUAAAAUAGAUAAAUAAAUAAAUAAACCUCAGCAUGAUAACUAUGAAUUCUAGCCUUUGACCCUCAAAAUCAGCCCUAUUGAUAUUUAGUAUAUAAAUAGAAUUCACUUACCUUCAGUUUUCUCUUUUCUCUAAUGAUUGAGUAGGUUAUUGAAGGUGAUUCUAAUCCUUCCUAUAGACUCUCUUCCAGACACAACAUAAUGUAAUAAGGCAUGCAGCUCAGGGUUGAGAGUCUUGAGAACUUCAGCAAAUUUUGUCCUCUUCCCAACUUUACUUCCCUCUGGUCUUUGGGCAUAUGUAAGGUUGAUUGAUGUAAAAGAUCCAUGCUUAAAAUCAUUGUAUUUACACAUCUCUAACCACCGAAAAGCUUGGACUAGUUUUUGGCUUUGUUGGUGGUUUUGGCAUUGACUUAUGAUUUGAUGAUAAGUCUUAAAUUAACUUUUUUGGACAUGCAAGGAAUCCAUAUCCAAGCUCUUGUUUCAUUCCUAAAAGACAACAUUGUUAAUGAACCCUACUCCCACCAACAAGUAAUAUAAAAUUCAAACAACUGUUCAAACCUAGCUCACUGUCAAGGUAUAGUAUUGCUCAGAUAUAAAAUAACCAAAAAACACAUAUAAAACACAUUAAUUUGUAUGAUAAAUGAAAGUAUGUGCAUCUAAAUGUUGCAUGUGCAUGCAUAAGCCUGACUCAUUCACCUUAUUAGUAUGUAUGAGCUAGGCCUUUUGUUGUUCUAUUGCUGGUGGUUAAUUGUUUUAAAGAAUAGGCUAAAUUAGCUCUACCGGUAAUUUAAAAAUACUAAAUGGCUACCAAUUACAAAGAGAAUUGUUGAUUUCAAUUACGAUUCAAACCAACCUUCCCCAAUAUGCUGUUGCAUACAUGUACCAAUGCAUCUUCAUAAUCAGAAUAUAUAAGUGAUGUAUCAAUUUACAACAGUAUCCUUUUAUUGAAGUAGCUGUUUCUCACUUCUUAAAAAAAAUCAUCCAUCCAAAUGGCUUGGGAAUGUGUUAAAAAUAAAUUUAGUCUCAGUAUAUCGUAUAUUAGCAUCAACAAAGGUGCCUGUUUGUAAACAGUUGUCACAUUCUAAAAAGGAAGGCAUACACAAGUGCUCAUUUUAUAGCAUGUACCAUCAAUAAACAUGCUGUUCUGCAUAUAACAAAAUGGGGACAGGAAAAUCAUGUUUUAUGGUGGAUAUUUGUAGUCAGUUCCACAAUGAUAGGGAAGAGCUGAUUUUGACAGCUUCCAAAUGCAUACAUUGUGCAUUUGUACUUUCCUUUGUAUCUGUAGGAGGGUCAGUGAAGAGGAGUAUAAUAAACCAUCCUAAAAAUAGUUGUGAAUAACUGCAAGUAGUGAAAGAAAGGAUAUAGCUGUAUAUAUAUGUCUGUGGUUUUUGUGAAAGUGUGCUUGAAUGAUUUCAUGUUGCUUUUUAAUUCUUCAAAGCUUGAGGAACAUGUUUAUUGUUUAGGGGGUGGAGGAGGGUGUAAAACUGUUUGUAGAAGACAAUUUGUGUGUACACUGGAAAGGAAAAUGUUAAUAGUCCUGCUCCAAACAAAAAAACUUUUCAAAUUCUGAACCUAACUGUCACUGGAAUUUGAAUUGAGUGACCCCAGUGUAAAUAAAGUCUUAAAUAAAUCUCUUAUUACUUUCUUAUUUUCAAUUAAAGCUGACCUGUUGUGGAAUUUUGGAUUUCUGGGAAUUCAUGCUGCUGUUGGCAAUGGUACAGAAGGUUCUUGUCAGGCCUGUCCAGUAGGAACAAUUGGAAAUACUAGUGAGUAUUUUACAUGACUGUGUUCUUUAAUCAGGUUUUUGAAUCAACUGAAGAUCACAUUUUGGGGAAUUUUGAUGAUUAAUUAUUUCUAUAUGAACAACAAAUAGGUUUUCUAGAAAAUGAAAAUGAACAAUCAAUCAGAAAGAAUAAUGUAUAUUCAGUGGUAUUAAACCCAACUUUCCUAUUAUGCAGUACAGUUCCAGUUUGUAUUAAGCAUUUUGCUGAUAAUUGUAAUAAAUUAUGAUAAUGAAUUUAUUUGCUUUCUUUGUAUUCUGCACCUUUUGUUUGUAGGAGUUUUAAAAUAGUCAUCAACAUCUGUGAGUGUGGAUAGCCAGUUCAAAGUCUGCAAAUACAUGUACUUUAAUUGUACAUUGAUUGUGUUGGCCACAAAUAUACAUUUUUUAGGGGAUGGUUUGAAGUAAUCAUGCAUUCUCUUGUUAAUAUGCUGUGGAACAUCCAUACUGAAUGUGUUAGACUUGAGAGCUCUGAAUAUACCAAUUGUCUUCUGUAUUUUGGGAUAAACACACUUGUCCUAUGGCUUUUGGGUACAACAAGAAAAUACUAGUGACCUGUGGGAUACUCUUUGGUAUACCUGUUCCACUCACAAGUGUUGCUUAUACUUGAAGAGUUUGAAUUUUUUUUUUAACUAAUCACAUCAUGGACUUAAAACUUUCAGGUGACCCAGACUGUCACAGUUGUAACAUAAGUGGUCAGUGCCAAGAUCCUUUGUCAAAUUGUGUCCUGUGUCCUGCAGGCCACCACCAAAAUUUAACAGGACAAACAGUUUGCUAUGAAUGCGAGAAAGGCAAAUAUCAAGACAAAGCUGGAAAAGCAACAUGUAUUCCUUGCCCUUUGGGAUACUUUCAGAACAAGAGAGGACAAACAUCUUGCCUCAAGUGUGAGAAAGGCCACUACCAGGAUGCAACUGGAGAAACAACUUGCAAGUUAUGUCAGAAAGGACGCUUCUCUGGGUGAGCCAUUUAUUGCACCUGAGUUUCAAUGAUUACAGACUGAGAUACCUUUUAUACUACAUAACAGUAGGUGAAAACACAAUCUCAAGGGUUUUUUAUGCCUGUAUUAGACAGUCAAAACUUCAUGCCGUUAUCCUUUUCCUUUUUCCCACUAGCUUUUGACUGGAAGGCACAAAAUCAUAGAAUCAAGGUGCUGCCCAUUGAAUGUACUUUACGGAAGAGAAAUCUUAGACCAUUUUUUUGUCAGAAUACUGAAGAAUGUAAUGGGAUAAAGUCUGUUGGCUUAAAUGGCUGCCAACUUGAAGAAAAGCAUACUAUUUAUCAAGUUGAUCAUUUUUCACACUAAAUUUGUACAUGUAUGGUUCACCCUUGCACACUCAGUACACCAGUCAUGACCUGAAGUUGAUGUAAACCACAGGCCCCAGUUGUUCGAUGGUUAGAUAAGGUCACAUGUGUCAACUGAUAAUAAAAAAUUAAUAUCUUUCUGGUGGAUAGCAGAGUAGCAGUACCUUUUUAAACACUUUUUGACUUCUUCAGUGACUAUAGAUUUUUCCUCAUUUCCCUACAUUGCAGCUCAGAUGGGAGUAACAUGUGCAUGCCAUGUGGCAAUGGGAAAUACUGCAAGUAGGUGCAAUUAUUUUAUUGUCAUGCUAUGUUCAACAAUUAUUUGCUGUAGAGAAGGUGAAUUCAUAUUGUUUUAGUAUGUACCACACAGAAACCAAAAAAUUAGUUUGGUAUAUUUCUAUCAAUAUACCAAAAAAUGGUUGGAAAUUACAUUUUGGACACGUGAUUUUGUCUCUUUGGCUACACAGAGGUGAGUAGUACUUGCUAAUCACUUCCAAACCAGCCAAUUAGUGAAUGUGAAAAGCCCUCAGAUACAAAGUUUUAUUAAUCGUAAUGUUUAAAGAAUAUGAUGAUGAAGGUGAUAAUGAUUAUUGUGAUUAUUAUUGCUCGGUAGUAGUUACUGUUUUGAAGUAGUUUAGGGCAGUAAUAGUUACUGUAAGUUACAGUUGCAGCACUACAUGUAUGUUUACUAGUAAUUAAUGAGUUAAUUUAUAUAACUGUUACUGACCAUACUCUUAUACAAAGUUCAAUGGAUCAGCAAUCAAAUCUGUGUUCACUCUUCUAACUCAAAUGUUUCACUGUUCUUUUUUCUUAAAAAAAAAAACAAACAAACAAGCACCACGGGCUGUACCAAGUGUUUUGGUUGCCCACCUGGCCAAGAGGCAGAUCAUAUGGGUGCACAAAAUUGUACAUAUUGUCAAAAAGGUAUGCAGUUUAAAAAUGUUAAUUUUAUUUUGGUUUUGUUUUUAAUUGUUGUUGAGAGGUGUUGUACUGUAGUUGUUUGCUUGUUUUCAUUGAAAAUGACAUGAAUAUAUGUAAAAGUUUCCCUGUCUUCAGAGCUGCUUGCAGUUUUGAUUAGUCAGAUACAAUACAAUACAAAGCUACAAACUUGAUGUUCAUUGUAGGACACAAUAAGGCUGUUGUUGUUUCCAAAUGUGUUGUUACUCAAUGUUUUUACUGACUGAUCAGAAAGUACACAUAGCAUCUGAACUAUUUGCCUGAAGAUAGAUAGAUAGUUAGAUAGAUAGAUAGUUUAUUUAAAUAUACCUAGCAGCCUUGCGGCUGAAUUGUGUAUAUUACAAUAAUGUAAUUAAAUAAAUAUAUCAUAUAACGUAUAUAAGAAUAUUCAAAAUUAAACAAUUAAAAAAUCUAUGAGCUAAAACCUAUCUAUAUUUAAAAGCUAUAUUUACAUUAUCUACAUAGGUUUCUAGGAAACGGUCGUUAAUUAACUGUUGUUGUUAUAUUUAAUGGUGGAGGCCAUCAUGAAGGUGUUUUUAAAACGGUUUGUCCUCCACCGGGGGAUUUUGAAACGCCUGUUACGUCUUAAAUUGUGCUUUGGAUGGUUGGCACUAGGCAACAAUUCACGAAGCCUGUGAUUGUCAUUUUCGAUAAUGUUGCUAAAGAGAUUGCGGCAGCUGUCUUCCAUAUAAGCCAUGAUCGAUGGAAUGCCGGCAGCCUCUAAAAUCUCCUGAUAGUCUUGGCCUGGGCUUAUAAUAGAGAAAGCUCUUUUUUGAACGCGCUCUAACUCCUGCUGCAAAUAUAUAGGUAAUGCAUAAUAGAAAACAGGAGUCGCGUACGUUAAUAUAGAUCUAAUACAGGCCACGUAGAAAAGUAUGAGAUCUUUAAAGGCUACCUUUGCACGCUUUAGCUGAACCAAAAAAUAAAGUUGCUUUGAGGCCUUCUUAACAACGUUGCUUAUGUGUUCAUUCCACGAUAAAUUGCUUGAAAUUGUUACGCCGAGUAAUUUUGCAUGCUGGACAACCUCAAGCCCUUUACCAUUGACAAUGACUGGAGAAAACUCCGUCUGAUUUCUGAAAUUGUGUGUCCUUCUAACAUGUCAAAUUUUACAAUUGUUUUUAUCUCUGGUAAAUGAUAUCAUUUUCAAAACUGCCAUGCAGACACACUUUUCAUUUGUGUACUUGAUAAAAGAUCUUAACAUUACAGUUAGAACAAGAAAGUAGCCAUGGCCAGUUAAAUGCAUUUUCCAAACCUUACACCCAUUACAAGAAAAGUCUGCAUUUAAAAUUUAAUUCACAAUGUGAUCAGUUUCAGUUCUGGGAAGAUGGUAUUCAUAUCCCUUAAUGGAAGAACAUUGAAAUUUAUUGCAUCACUGUGCUAAGACAUUUAAUUGAUGAAUGAUCCUAAAUCUAAAGAUACAACCAUAACAGUUUAUUAUGAGUCAUCCAGCAGUAAUUGUUUACCAUAAUGUUAUGAAAAGCUAAAUAAUUUUUCUUUCAGGUUCAUUCAAACCCUCUUCAGGUUCUGAGGUGUGCCAUUCUUGUCAAGAUGGAUGGUAUCAAUUAAAAACUGGACAGACAUCUUGUCUAGAGUGCCCAGAAGGACAUUACUGCCCUGUAAGUCAAUCAUGUUUUUGUCUCAGUGGUUAACUAGAACACAACAAUAGCCUCCAGUUGCUCAAAAUUUUUAUAGUAUCACUGGACAUGAAUUUUCUGUUCUUAGAAUUGAGCCAUUUCCUUAAAGCUUGAAGACUCUGACAUGCAUUUUUUACACCAAAUUGUGGUUUAAAACUGUCAACCCUUAAUUAUUCUUUUUAUCAUGAAAGCUGAGCUUUCAAGAAAUGCUUUAUGAAAAAUAUUUGCUGUGAUGAAAUGUAGCUUUUAAGUUGUCUGUGGUGCAGUUUUUGUUAUAUCUUCUUCUGUAACAACAAUGUAAUUUGCUCUUCCAUCUUCAGUCACUCUUAAUUAAACAAACAAUUUCAUUACUGUGCCUUGGACCACAGGCAGUCCAAGAAUACUGGUUUUAAAAGUCACACAAACCAAAAUUUCCUCAGUAUGAAAUAUAUCCUUUUGUCCAUUAGCAUUAAAUCACUUUUUAUUUCAUUGAAGUUGAUAUUUCCGGAAUAUUACACAAUUACAUGGAUAAAUUAAGAUCAAAAUUUUUUUGCAUUUUUGUGUGCUGUAAAAAUGAUAAUGAGGAUUAAAAAAAUAAUUAUCAAGAUUAAAACAAGGGUUAAAUCUGAUACUAGUUUUGAUUUAAAAAAAAAAAAGUAGUGGUAUAUGUGGUUGUAUUGAUUGGGUAUCGAGGUAUUAAAAGACUAGCUAAGCAAGAGGUGAGGUGUUGAUACUACCUGUGAAUUGAACAUACUGUAAACAAUGAUUGAAUUUAAUAAACAAAUCAAAUUUUCUUCACUGCCAUUUAUUGUAUGCUUUUAUUGCAUGUGCUUUAGUGGCCAAACUCAGAACCAGUGCCAUGUGAUAAGGAGCAGAUUUGUCCUCCAGGCAGUAGUGCACCAAAAGAAGACUGUAAAGGGUUGAUGACUUUAAAUAAUGAAACUGAGGUACAGGAAUUGUUUAAUGGCAACAUGGUUGAAUCAUCCCUCCAGCUUACUAGCCCACACUGUAGGAGUUUACAUCAGUUUCCAUGUUAUAAAAUGACUCAGGGUAUUGUUUCUUCCCCCUGGAUGGAAUGCCUACAGGUAACGUCCCACCCCCACCCUCCCCCUCCCCCUCCCUUUCACCUGAGGCAACAUUAGGCAUUCCUGGCAGUUUUCUGGCACCCAUUGAUACUUCUGUCUGGGGGAAGAUAGUGUGACAGUGAAGUGGUUUUUCCAAGUAAAAAGCACAAUUACCCUGCUUCCAGCUUCUUGCAAGUAAGACUGACUUCAAUUUUUAUGUUAGACUGUUUAAAUUACCAUUAACAAUGGCAUAUAUGCUGCACUUACAGAUAAGCAAUGACACAAUUUAAUCUACCAGAAGACUUACCUGUGAUAGUUCAUUACUACGUAUUUGAUUAUGUUUUAAUUAGCCAUUAAAUGCACUGCCUAAAUGGUUAAAAAACAACCCAUUCUUUUAUUUUUAUGUUCUUGUGCGUAUUUCAUUUACAGGAAUGUGAAAUGAGCUCAAUUGUUUAUGCUCUUAUCGCUGUUUCACUAGCAGGUACAAAACUUUUACACAAGUACAGGUCAUUCCUGGAACUCAAGGAAUUUGCAUGACUGUAUACUGGUGUCAUAUUUAUUGCUAGGACCUAAUUUCCAUUGACUCUAUAAGGUUUUUGUAAUCUUGAAUGGCUACUAAAUAUAAGAAGGGUGUUUCAUGAUGACUCGAGAAAGACUUAGUAUGAACUUCUACUCUUUGGUUUUUUUUUGUAAGAACUGGGAGUGAAUUUUAUUUGUGAUCUUAAGAGAGGAUUGGAGGGAGCAGUCAUACCUCAAGCUUUAAUAAACGAUUAUUUAAGAUUUUGAGAACAAUCCCCUCCCAGCGAGGGGUGUGACCCAUCCCAAUAGGAUAAGUUGUGUUGACACUCAUGCGUCAAUGGCUUCACAGAAUAGACAGGAUGAAAACCUAUACUUGCCUUUUUUGUUUAUUUUAGUGGUUGUGGCAGCUAUUGGUUUUGUGAUACUCCGAAAAUAUAGAAGGUAAGAAAACCUGCUCGGUUUGCAGCAGAGAUAUUCAGGUCUGUGUAGUAUUGUCACGCAAAGCAUCGCGUGACUGCUAUUGCUUCGAACGUGUUUUUCCAAGCACAGUCUUUGGAGCUGUCUUUACACUUUCUUUUUUAUUUUUGCAGAAAUAACGAAACAAAACAGCGAUUGCUAGAGAGACAACACCCAGUUUACACUGGUUGGUGAAUAUGGAAAUUCACAGCACGACAAGAAAGAUCGUUCUACUCAAUGGUUGAAUUACUUGCCUACUGUACACUUUGUCGCUUGGGAAUGGGUAACGUAGCUAGGGAAGCUCCUCGGAGUAUUAAUGAAUAACCCUCCCUACAGAGCGCCAGUUAAUAAAGAAAACCCCGUUAGUUUAUCCUAAAGUUUUCCCUUUAGAGGUUUAUUAGCACGAGUAACAAUUUACAUGUAAUAAGGUUUAUAUUUUGGAUGUUGAUUUAAGUCAGCACUAUGGCAACAUCAUAUCUAAUGACAGACAUUUGAAUCGUUGGCCUAAAUCCAUGUACCUUAUUAUUUUAAUGUUGCCUUAAAUUUUUAAAAUGCGAAUAGCAGCGAAAGACGAGUUUAUUUAGUUCCAAGUACAUGAUCAUAUACUUGUAUGCGCGUGGUGUUAAAACUCCGUGGAGCCUCCUUAACUCGAGUGUCAUUAAAAUAGGCAGAUGACUUAGUAUGAAUAAUGCUUUGUAUGAAUUUAAGUUAAGUGAUGACGUUGAGGAGAAUUUUAUCAUUGUAACGAUUCUUGCAAUGAUGUUCUUAUUACACACGCAUUUCCUCUCAGAGAAAAGGAAAAAAAAUGAAAUGAAUUAGCUUUUCGUAAAAUAUUUUUUGACGUUGUGUAAAUUCCACUGACAUGUCAUCAACACUCCCUUUGACUAUAGUUGCCUUCUUGUUUAGUAGCAGAGAAAUUUGAAUCUCAGCGGUUAGGUCUUUCGGAAAUGAACAACCCGGUCAAAACGGAGGUUUAUGUGAACGCCCACCGCACUAUUUUUGUAUUUUGAGAGGAGAUAGCUGGACACUCAUUAUGCGCAUGUCCAAGGAUGUAGUCAAGUAUUUUGAGAGAAGGUAGCUAGACACUCGUUAUGCGCAUGCCUAAGUCCAGUUUUCCGUAAACAGAAAACAUUUUAUCGUGCUCUGGCGUAAACAGAAAGAUUAGUGGUGUGAAAGUACGUUUUCGAUUUCUCCAUCCUUGCAUGGCCGGUCCAUCGUCCGCAGAAAAAACGGUCUUCCUCGUUUUCACUUGAGAACCUCUACGGACAGUCUUUGUCGAGAAAGAAAUUUAUGUAACAGUUACCGUAACAGUUUUAAAGUGACCUAGGGACGGACACAUGAUUUAAAGUAUUGUUGACAAAUAUUUAUUUUUGAUAGCAACUUUGUGGGUGUAUUGUAAGCAAUGAAGAGAUUCGCGCAUUUUGUUGAACAGAAUUAUUCCCUUCCAUCCAUAUUACUUCCCCCCUCAUUUACAUUAUCGUCUGUAAUUGUUUAGUCAUCGAAUACCACGAACAGACAAGUAAGCAUCAGUUUUCUCUCUCAUUAAAAAUUUUUCGGUCAGAUUUUAAGAUAUCUUUCGAUCCAUGUCAGUGUCUGAGCAACGACACACCUACCCCUCCCUUAACUUAACAUCAGUCAACUGACAACAAAUUAAGGUUAGUGUUGGAUUAUGGGAAGGGUGGGUGCGCAGUUCCUCACUCACCUCCCGGACAUGAUCUAUAUUUUCAGUGUGGGCGUUUUUCUAAAUAUGGCAGGUCCGUUUACAAUUCGCUCUGUGGGAAGUAAAUAGGAGUUUAUGUUAUUAAGAUGUUUUGUUUUCCAAUAAAUUUUGCGCCUCUGCGUGAUAGAAUUUUGUCUUGAUCGGUCUGUUUCGUACUGUAACUGUAGAAGUUAUGAUAGUGAAAUUUGCGAUGCGCGAAUGUAACAUGGGCCAUUAACUUGAUCCUGAUACUUAAAGUCAUGCAUCUUGUUUUGUUCUUUUUUUCAUUAGCCUGCAG